CUACCACUGAGCUAAAUCCCCAACCCCAUGGAGUUCCCUUUGUAGACCAGGCAGGCUGGCUUCAAACUCAAGCGAUCCACCUGCCUCUGCCUCCUGAGUACUGGGAUUGAAGGCGUGGGCCAUUGCCAUCCAGCUGAUAAAAAGUAUUUUGAUCAUAUUCAUCCCCAACUCUUUUCAGACCACCUCAUCCCUAAUUCUUGUACUCCCACUUUUGAACUAUCCCACUAAGCCUAGAUUGUACUGGCUGUGUGCUCCUGGGUGUGAAGGCCUUAUGCUAGAACUCCAUCUGUGUCUUGAAAUUGUAGCCUCAGAAAGUACUUUAGAUGCAUUUUGUUUGUUUUGUUUUAUUUUGUUUGAGCACAGAGUUUCUCUGUGUAGCCCUGGCUGUCUUGGAAUUGCCUUGGACUCACAGAGAUCCAGCUGCCUCCGCUUCCCCAGUGAUAGGAUUAAAGGCACGCUAUACCACUGCCCAGGCACAUUUUAAAAUUCUUGCUGUUGGUGUGUGCAGGUCCCUGUGGACUGCAGCAUUGAUAUAGAGGUCUGAAGACAACUUGCUGCCGUUAAUUUUCUAAUCUGUGGGUUCUGAGGAUCAGUCAGGCUGUCAGACUUGGCAGCAUGUGCCCUUACCACUGAGCCACAUUACUGGGCCAGAGAUUAUUUAGAUUACAUAAUCUAGGCUCUAACAAUUAUUCAGAUGCUCUCUUAGAUAAAUAGAAUAAAUUGGGAAGAUAGGAUGGAGAAAGAAAAUAGUCCUUUUUCCUUAAUCUACAUUAUUUAAACUCUUCAGCCAAUUAGUAACUUAAGUUAGGGCCUUGUUUACUGUAGGGUAGUGUACCAACAAAGAAAGACUUUUUUAGUCAUUUGUUAACAUUGGCUUUCAAUGGAGUGCAUUUUCUACUAAAUUACGAAUGCCAGGGCCUGUCAAGAUGGCUCAGCAGUUAAGAGUACAAACUGCUUUUGUAGAAGAACUGAGUGUGGUUCCCAACACCCAUACUGGUUGGUCCCCAACUACCAGUAAUUCUGGUUACACAGGGGGGUUGGGUGGUCCCCAACUACCAGUAAUUCUAGUUACACAGGGGGUCUGAUACCACUGACCUCCAUGGGCACCUGUACCAGUGUGUGCAUAUCCCUAUACAAGUAUAUGCACACACACACAUGAUAAAAAGUAAAGAGAACAAUUAAAAAAACUCUAAAAAUUCUAUUAUAUUCAUUUGUUUGUUUUGUUUUGAGACAGUUUCUCUGUGUCACUCUAGCUGUCCUGGGACUUGCUCUGUAUUCUAGGCUGUCCUUGAACUCAGAUCCACCUGUUUCUGCCUCCCAAGUGCUGGGAAUGAAGGUGUAUAACACCACUCUGGCUCUAUGCAUAAAAUUUUAUUGUUAAAAAUGUAAUAUUUUAUUGUUAAACGUGUUUUGACAUCUUUAAUUCAUUUCUUUUUUUUUUUUUAAGAAACUAUCUAUCCAUUCAUCUGUGUGUGUGUGUUUAUGUGGGCACGCGUACACAAACACACUCUCUCUCUCUCUCUCUCUCUCUCUUUCUCUCUCUCUCUUUCUCUCUCUCUCUCUUUUACCAUACCAUGCAUGCAGAGAUCAGAGGACAAUUUGUAGCAGGGUUGAGCACAGGUCAUUUCUCUUGGCAGUAGGCAAUCUUAACCUACUAUGCCAUCUUGCUGUACCACAUUUUUAGUACUCAUUGAGUAUCAAUUCGUAUCCACAUCAUCGUGCAUAUGGAGGUUAGAGGAUAACUUGUCAGAUACGGGUUUGAGGGGAGUGUUUCUCAGAUGAGCCAUCUUAUGUCCAUUUCUCCCCCAACUCCUCUUUUUGAGACAGAGUCUCAUUAGCUGACCUGGAAUUCACUAUGUAGAGUGUGCCUUGAACUCAGAAAGAUCUGCCUGCCUUUGCUUCCUAAGUGCUGGACUUCUUACUAGCUUUUCUAGGGAUUUGACUGUGGACAGGAUAGAAAAAUGAAGUCAAAGGGUAAGGGUAACUGUUACUAGGUUGGGUUCUUGUUCCUAAACAUAGCACAUCAUUGACUGCAGGAGAAGGGAAGAAACACUAGGAAAUGAAAAAUGACAAAGUUUAAUGGUUGAUCUAAGAAUGUGUGCUGUGUAAUAAAAGUAAUACAGUGGAGAGUAAGACAAGUACAUAACCAUCACAAAAAAGAGAGGGUAUAUCAAAAUAAUAGCAAAGCAUAUAACUGUGUCUGAGAAUGUUUACCUCUUUAAUCGUGUGGUUUCCAUUCCAGGAUUAAGAGCAUUCUGCUGGCUUAUUUUUCAUAGUUGCUUAUGCUAUUCAGGUUUAGGUUAUAGUGGUUUGAAUAGGUUUGGUUCCCCCAUAGAUUCAUGUUUGGAAUGCUUGGCCAUAGAGUGGCAGUAUUAGGAGGAAGUGAGUCACUAAGUAGGUGGGCUUUGAGGUACCACAUCUGCCUGCAUGCUACUAUGCUUCCUACCAUGAUGAUAAUGGUUUAAACCUCUGAAACUAUAAGCCAGCCCCAUUUAAAUGUUUGUCUUUAUAAGAGUUGCCUUGGUCAUGUCUUUACUGCAAUGGAAACCCAAACUGAGACAGAAAGUUGGUACCAGGAGGUGGGGUAUUGUUGCAAUAGGCCCGACUAUGCUUUUGUUUGGAGGAAUGUGGGUUUGGGGACUGUGGAAAGAGUGGGAUGCUUUAGUUGGGACUUAAUGCUUAAUGGGCCAUCCUAGUAGAAGCACGGAAGACAGUGGCACUGAGGGUCUAGCUCAAGAGGUUUUAGAGAAGAAUUCUACUGUGUGCCCUAGAAACUGUUCUUAGGAUAGUUUAUUGAAGAAUGUAGCUGCUAUUUGCCCUUUGCCCUUGUCUGAAGAGUCUGCUUGAGGCUAAAGUGAAGAGAUUUAGAUUAAUUGCAUUGACAAAGGAAAUCUCAAAACAUCCACCAUAGACUGUAUCCUGUGAUUUACUCUUACGAGAGCCUUUUGAUCACAUACAGCAAACUAAGGGAAAAUACAAACUGUAUGGUUCAAAGUCUAAGGGGGCACCAGAAAGUGGAAUGGAGUUAAAUCCUGAGUUCAAGGAUAUUAAAUGAAAUUAAGGGAGUGGUGGCCUUGGCAAGAUCCCACCCAGCUAGCUUAUUGUUUUAAGUGGUUUGCAUUUGAAUAGGGGAUAGUUACAUCAUGCUAGGCCUUAUUAUGACCUGGUUAUUUUCAUUUGAACAUAAGGAGAUAAGAUUUUGUGUCAAACUGACAAGGAACAGUUUAUGAUGACAUUCUCCACUGUCAACUUUACUAUAUCUGGAAUGAACUACAGUCCAGAAAUGGAGGGAACAGCUGUGAUCCAGAUCUUGAGGCUGGAUGACAUAGUUUGUUUUUAUCCGGAUCUUGAGGCGUAGUGGCCAUGUUUAUAAAGAGGAGGCUGGAGAAAUGGCUCAGUGGUUAAGAGCACUGACCACUCUUCCAAAAGUCCUGAGUUCAAUUCCCAGCAACCACAUGGUGGCUUACAACCAUCUGUAAUGGGAUCAGAUGCCCUCUUCUGGUUUGUCUGAAAACAGUUACAGUGUAUUCGCAUAAAAUAAAUAGAAUCUCGAUCUUGAGAAAAGGAGGCAGAGGUGUGCAGGUCUCUGAGUUCAAGGUCAAUCUACAGAGCAAGCUCCAAGACAGCCAAGCUUAGGCAGUGAGAAAGUUGGAAAACAGCUGCUGAUAAUGUAGUAGAAGAAUCCAUGUGGCUCUGCUUUAGAGUCUAGAAUAGAAGGGACUACUGGGACAAUUGAUGCUGGUCAGCUAGAACUAGGAAGUCAAGGUAAUAAAGAAGAGACCAGCAUCACUGAGGUGGAAUCUAGGAAGUGUUUUCUGAGAGCACAAAGAAGCUGUGUUCCAGUAAUAGCCAAGGUUGUACCUAGUGUUUCAGCUGGACUUGGUAAUGUGUAAGAGUCACUCAGGUGAACUGGUUUUGAAGUUAUGAAGGGGUCAUGGAGAUCAGCUGAGGCUCGGCUCUGUGAGAUGCCAGGAAAGGCCAUUGGUGAAGGUACAGUCUCAGUGACAUUUGAAGACCCAGGAUUGAAGAGACCAUGCUUAGAAGUUGAGACUUGGUACCAUGAAGAAAGCCUAUUGAUGAGGUCUAGUUGCACAGAAGUCACCAGUGAAUUGGAGAUAUCAGUACCAUGGGAUGAUCACAAGAACACAGCAGCAGUGGUGUGGAGUAAGCCAUAACUUAGCAUGCUACAAAGGGCAGAGCAGAAGUAACCCAAGCCCUUUGGAGGAGCUCAGAAGAUCAUCUGUGAAGCCCAGACAUUGGAACAAGAAUCUGUGAAGUUGAAGUUGCCAUGGAGACCUCAAGAUGUUCGAGAUGCCAAAGCAGUGGGAUAUUUGCUGAGCAAAGCUGCUAAUAGUGGACCAGCCCAGGAGAAAGAAUCGCGUUGUAGUCAACAAAGCUGAAAGGCGUUGGACGUGGAGAUGCAGAGUUUAGUUUGCCCUGCAGGUUUUUGGUCUUGCUGUGGUCCAGUGUUUUUCUAACUAGGGCACUUUUGAAAUGAGACUCUACAGGAGCAGGUAAUUCACUGGUCCACAAGCGGUCUCCUUCACGUCGAAACCAAAAGACCUCAGCAUCCUUGAACAAGCUGUCUUUACAGGAUGGACAUAAAGCCAAAAAACCAGCAUGUAAAUUUGAAGAGGGUCAAGAUGUCUUAGCUAGAUGGUCAGAUGGCUUGUUUUAUCUUGGAACUAUCAAAAAGAUAAACAUUUUGAAACAGAGCUGCUUCAUCACAUUUGAGGACAGUUCUAAGUCCUGGGUUCUCUGGAAGGACAUCCAAACAGGAGCCACUGGGAGUGGGGAAAUGGUCUGUACAAUAUGUCAAGAAGAGUAUUCAGAAGCACCUAAUGAAAUGGUUAUCUGUGAUAAGUGCGGUCAAGGAUAUCAUCAGCUGUGUCAUACGCCUCAUAUUGACUCGAGUGUGAUCGAUUCAGAUGAAAAGUGGCUUUGUCGACAGUGCGUUUUUGCAACAACAACAAAGAGGGGUGGUGCACUUAAGAAAGGACCAAAUGCCAAAGCACUGCAAGUCAUGAAGCAGACAUUACCCUAUAGCGUGGCUGACCUUGAAUGGGAUGCAGGUCAUAAAACCAACGUUCAGCAGUGCUACUGCUACUGUGGAGGCCCUGGAGACUGGUAUUUAAAGAUGCUGCAGUGCUGCAAAUGUAAGCAGUGGUUUCAUGAGGCUUGUGUCCAAUGCCUUCAAAAGCCAAUGCUGUUUGGAGAUAGGUUUUAUACAUUUAUUUGCUCUGUCUGCAGUUCUGGACCAGAAUACCUCAAACGUCUACCAUUACAGUGGGUAGAUAUAGCACACCUAUGCCUUUACAACCUAAGUGUUAUUCACAAGAAGAAGUACUUUGACUCUGAACUUGAGCUUAUGACAUACAUUAAUGACAACUGGGACAGAUUGCACCCUGGAGAGCUGGCAGACACGCCCAAAUCUGAAAGAUAUGAGCAUGUUCUGGAGGCAUUAAAUGAUUACAAGACCAUGUUUAUGUCUGGGAAAGAAAUAAAGAAGAAGAAGCAUUUGUUUGGGUUGCGAAUUCGUGUUCCUCCUGUGCCACCAAAUGUGGCUUUCAAAGCAGAGAAAGAACCUGAAGGAACAUCCCAUGAAUUUAAAAUUAAAGGCAGAAAGGCAUCCAAACCUACAUCUGACUCCAGGGAAGUAAGCAAUGGGAUAGAAAAAAAAGGAAAGAAAAAAUCUGUAGGUCGUCCUCCUGGCCCAUAUACAAGAAAAAUGAUUCAGAAAACUGCUGAGCCGCCUUUGGGUAAGGAAUCAGUUUCAGAGAAUCCUGCGUUGGAUUUACCUUGUUCUAUAGGGAGAACUGAGGGAGUUGCACAUUCAUCCAAUACCUCAGAUGUGGACCUCACGGGUGCUUCCAGUGCAAAAGAAACUACCUCGUCUAGCAUUCCCAGGCAUUAUGGGUUAUCUGACUCUAGAAAAAGAACUCGCACGGGAAGAUCGUGGCCUGCUUCAAUACCACAUUUGCGGAGAAGAAGAGGUCGCCUUCCACGAAGAGCACUCCAUACUCAGAACUCAGAAGUUGUAAAAGAUGAUGAAGGCAAAGAAGAUUACCAGUUUGAAGAACUUAACACAGAAAUCCUGAAUAACUUAGCAGAUCAGGAGUUACAGCUCAAUCACCUGAAAAACUCCAUCACUAGUUAUUUUGGUGCCGCAGGUAGAAUAGCAUGUGGAGAGAAAUACCGGGUUCUGGCUCGCCGCGUGACGCUGGAUGGAAAGGUGCAGUAUCUCGUGGAGUGGGAAGGAGCGACUGCAUCCUGACUGUAGGACUAAGCCUUGUGUUCACUGCCUCGUGCUCUGUUGGUACAGUUCAAAAAAGGUGUGGGCUUCAUUAUCUUUCUUAGAAAAACAAACAGAAAACACAAAAAUACUCACAAGAGGAGAGGAUACUGGCCUUAACAUGUACUUGUCAAUGUUACGGAUAUUGUCAUAAAAAGAUAUCUUUUAAAAAUCAGAGGAGAGACUUAAUUUUUUUAAAUCUUAAGAUUUGUAGACUGUUUCUAGGAUAGGAUAUUAAACAUGAUUCAAACCCAUGCAUGGUGUUAGAUACUUUUUAUAAUUAUUCCAUUGAGUCAAUUUUUGUGAUUAGUGGUUAUCAGAGCAAACAGAUCAUGUAGAUAGCACAAGUAUUUGGAGAAACAUUGUGUGUUUUGUUACCAAAAUGUUGGAAAGAUUUAUUUCAAUACCCUUUUAGAUUUCAUAAAGUACAGUGUAUAUAAUGUCUACUGAAAGACUGUAAAAUAUUGAAAUUUCUUUCAAGCAAAAUGUAAAAAAUAUAUUGAGCCUGUAAAUUGCUCUGUGACUAGACUUCAUUGUCGUCUUAAUAUAUUCUUUGCAUGUACAUGUAUAUACACGUAUGUGUAUAUAUAUGUGUGUGAUUAUGUGACCUAUGCAAUACAAAUUAUGGGAAUGGGCAGCUUUGGAGUAUAUAUCCCAUAAUUCUUAUUUCAGGAAUAGUUGCAGUAUUUACACAGCAGCCUUCUUCUCAGGCGUUUCUUGGGUGCUGUUGCUUGCUAUGUAUGAAGAGAAAUGUGUCAGACAAGUUUAGUGUGUACUCAAGAGGGUGUGGACAGCAGUGUCCAUGGGCUUUAGAGCGCUUUUCAGUCCUUGUAACUGAGCUGUUGAAUCCCUAAAACAAAUCGAAGUGAAACCUACAUGAUCUCCUAUUAGAAGUGACGUUUUCGAGUUACUGUGGCACAUUAUGAUUGUAAACGUCUCAGUUUUAACAGUAAGUCUGUGGGAGCCCGGGAGACUCCUGAAAUGUCUGUAGUGAUUGUUAGUCAUGUUUGAGUAAGCGUAGUAUGAACAAAGUGUUUUAUUGCACAGGGUUAACAAACAGUAUGUUGCUAGCUGAGGCUAACUGCUGUUUUAUUACAACAUUACCUCUUGUUUUUAUAAAAUGUACCAAGAUUUUAAAUCGAUAUCUUUAUUUUACAUGUUAAAAAAGUUUCUUUUAUCACCAGUGUUAGAGUUGUCUUCUGUUUUUUUUAUUUUUGUUUUGUUUUUUUUUUCUUGUUUUCUUUCUUAGCCAAAGAGUAAACAGAAGAAUAUUAUUUUGGUAGCUCUUCAUUUUACUUUUAUAAUGAUUGGUGGAUUUUAGACUAAAAAUUGGGGAAGUUUCUGCCAAAAUGAAAAAAAUUUGUGAAGUGUAUUGAUGACAGAAUGCUAAAACUGUGGUUAGUGAUUAUUUAUUCCAUUAAUUAAUUAUUUGACUGUUUUUAAAGAAACAUGCUUUAUUUCUUCAAGCAUCUUCAAAAGAUGGCUUUUCUUGUCACAUUGUCGCCAAAAGAAGCAGAGAACUUCCUGUCCUGCUUUUGGUUCCUGGUUGACCAGGUAUAAUGAGCUUUACAAAGUGCAAAUUACAAACUCACUUCUGUUCACCUCCACCAAAACUUGAUUUCCCCUAGCUAUUAAUUUAAAGUUGCCUUUCCUGCAGCUGCAAUAUUUUGAAUAACACAGAGAUUGUGUUAAGUUUUGAAUGUUUGUUUAUAUCUAGGGGUAAUGGAAAAUGUAAUUCCCGUGUAACCUUAUUCACUCCAGCUGUACCAUAUCAUCUUUCCCAAAGCCCUUUAAUUUUAACUGAACACCAGCAGUAUUUUUAGUAAUUCUCUAAGAUACUUGGAAGACAAUUUAUCAAGCUGAACUGUCUCUAGACGUAAUCAUUGUGAAUGUCUGUUUUCUUUAUCAUGCUGGUUCACAUGGCUCUGAUGUUCAGGUUGUAUUUUUGAAAUUGCUUUACUUAGAAUUAAAACAGACCAACAUUAAAUGUGUGUAUUUUUAAAAGA